AUGAUACCUAAAUAUCCUUCCAGAGGUGUAUUAAACUUAGGUGUAGCCACUUCAGCUUUUAUACCACAGACGACGGUAGUAUUUCCUAUCCUGACCAUAGAAGAUCCGUUUGUAGUCGUUAUACAACCUGAAAUAAGUCGCACAUUUGCUACUGAAACGAAGGGUGAAAAUGUUGGUGUAGUCCAGGCUGUUAUUGGUGCCGUAGUUGAUGUUCAAUUUGAUGAAAAAAGUUUACCACCUAUUUUAAAUUCUUUGGAAGUUCAAAAAGAUGGUGGUCGCCUUGUACUUGAGGUUUCUCAACAUUUAGGACAAAAUGUUGUGCGGACCAUAGCUAUGGACGGAACAGAAGGUCUUGUUCGUGGUCAAAAGGUAGUAGAUACCGGCGCUCCAAUUAGAAUUCCAGUCGGUCCAGAGUGCUUGGGUCGUAUUCUUAAUGUUAUUGGUGAACCAAUUGACGAUCGCGGACCGGUCAAAACGAAAAAAACUGCCCCUAUUCAUGCGGAAGCGCCAGAAUUUAUUGAUCAAUCGACAGUUCCUGAAAUUUUGGAAACUGGUAUCAAAGUUGUUGACUUGUUAGCACCUUACGCUAGAGGUGGUAAAAUUGGCCUUUUCGGUGGUGCAGGUGUCGGAAAGACCGUCUUAAUUCAAGAACUUAUUAAUAACAUUGCCAAAGCUCAUGGUGGUUAUUCUGUUUUUACUGGAGUCGGUGAGCGAACUCGUGAAGGGAACGAUUUGUAUCAUGAAAUGAUACAAACUGGUGUAAUCAAACUUGACGGUGAAUCUAAGGCUGCUCUUGUUUUUGGUCAAAUGAAUGAACCUCCUGGUGCACGUGCACGUGUUGCAUUGACCGGUCUUACCCUUGCUGAAUACUUCCGAGACGACGAAGGCCAAGAUGUCUUACUCUUUAUUGAUAACAUCUUCCGCUUCACUCAAGCUGGUUCUGAAGUGUCUGCUUUGUUAGGUCGUAUUCCUUCUGCUGUAGAUAUGGGUGCUAUGCAGGAAAGAAUUACAACAACUAAGAAAGGCUCUAUAACUUCCGUUCAAGCCGUAUACGUCCCAGCAGACGACUUGACAGAUCCUGCUCCUGCCACAACUUUCAGAGUCGUCGGUGAAGAGCAUUAUCGAGUUGCUACAGAUGUUCAAAAGAUCCUCCAAGACUAUAAAUCUUUACAAGAUAUUAUCGCCAUUUUGGGUAUGGACGAAUUAUCUGAAGAAGAUAAAAGUCAACCAUUUGCUGUUGCCCAAGUCUUUACUGGAUUCGAAGGUCGUUUAGUUAAGCUAAAGGAUACUAUCCGUUCAUUUAAAGAAAUUCUUGAAGGCAAAUGUGAUGAUCUACCAGAAGCUGCUUUUUAUAUGGUUGGCGAUAUUGAUGACGUCAGAAAGAAAGCCGAAGAUAUUGCAAGAGAAAUGAAAGCUAAUGAAUGA